GGACUUUAUUUAGGCAUCAAGAUGUCAAGCAAUGUCAUUUCCCCUGGUCCUGGCAUUCUCUCUGAUGACGAAGAGACCCCGGUCUUUGAAUCCACUGCUGCUGACUGUGCUGCAGGAAUACGCAAAGAUCUUCUUUCAGAUUUUUCUGUCAUCUCGCCGGGUGUGGGACAUCCUUCGCAGAUCUUGCCAGAAGAAGGCAGUGAGAAAGUCUUGGUCUAUGUCAGGAUUAGACCUUUUGUGGAUGGGGAGCUAGAGAAAAAAGAGGACCAGGGCUGUGUUAAGGUGGAGAAUCAGGAGACCCUUGUGCUGCGAGCUCCUAAAGACUCUUUCACCAUGAAGAAUACAGAAAGAGGGAUGGGACAGAGUGUGCACAAAUUCACAUUCACUAAGAUUUUCGGACCAGAGGUGGAUCAGAAGCAAUUUUUUGACGGCACAAUGAGAGAUGUGGUUAAAGAUGCACUUAAUGGACAGAACUGGCUUGUUUACACAUAUGGGGUCACAAACUCUGGCAAAACCCACACAAUACAAGGGACUAGCAAGGAUGGUGGCAUUUUGCCGCGUUCUGUUGCUCUCAUCUUCAACAGUGCUCAAGAUCGCCUGUACAAGAGCUCUGAUCUCAAGCCACUUUCCAAUGAAGUCAUAUGGCUGGACAGCAAACAAGUGCGGCUAGAAGAGCUGAAGAAGACUUCCUUGCUCUCUACUGUGCGUGAGGAAGAUAUUUUGAUCCCCCUAAAAAACAGUGGUAGCAAUGAGUCUCAACUUUGUGCAGGCACAAGUCUCAGUUUUGACAGUGGCAUUGGUGGACUUUCUUCUACAAGUCAUGUCAACCAAACAAGCAUUCAGUUGGAAGAGUCCUGCUCACGCUUGGGUUACCAAGAUGUGAUCUCCCUCCAUGAGCCCGUUGAUGUUCAGUUCUCCAUCUGGGUGUCAUACUUUGAAAUCUAUAAUGAAUUUGUCUAUGACCUACUAGAACCAUUGCCUUCUGGUCCAAACCGUAAAAGAACCACAUUGAGGCUGUGUGAAGACAGGAAUGGAAAUCCUUAUGUAAAAGAUCUGAACUGGAUUAAUGUUCAAAGCGCUGACGAAGCCUGGAAAAUCCUGAGGGUGGGGAGGAAAAAUCAGAGUUUUGCAAGUACUCACAUGAACCAGAACUCCAGCCGUAGUCACAGCAUAUUUUCCAUUAGAAUCCUUCACCUACAGGGUAAAAAUGACAUGACGCCCAAGAUCAGCGAACUUUCUUUCUGUGAUUUGGCUGGGUCGGAGCGUUGCAAAGAUCAGAGAAGUGGAGAUCGUCUUAAAGAGGCAACCAACAUCAAUACUUCUCUUCAUACAUUAGGUCGCUGCAUCUCUGCGCUGAGAACUAACCAGCAACAAAAAUUGCGGCAGAAUAUGGUCCCAUUUAGAGACAGCAAGUUGACUCGCAUAUUCCAAGGAUUCUUCACUGGCCGUGGAAGGUCUUGUAUGAUUGUCAACAUUAAUCAGUGUGCUUCUACCUAUGAUGAGAGUCUGCACGCCAUGAAGUUCUCCGCCAUCGCAAGCCAGUUGGUCCAAGCUCCUCCAGUGAAAAUGAACCUUCGUUGCCUCCAGUCCCUCAUCAAGGAGGGCAGCGUCCUGGCCAAUCGCAGCUGCACAGAUGAUGAUACUGAAGAUUUAUCUGAUGGAGAUAGUGAUGAUGAAGCAGACAUAACAAUGUUUAAUAGAGAGGAGCUGUUGCAAGUUGUUGAAAGCAUAAAACAGCUUUUGGUGAAAGAGCGUCAAGAAAAGCUUACCUUGGAAAUGAAUAUCCGUAAGGAAGUCUGUAACGAGAUGAUGGAAAUGAUGCAGCAACAGAAGAAUCAAUAUAGUGAGCAUUUGGAAGAUGAAAAAGACCUGCUGGAGGAAAUGUACGAGGACCGCCUGGAGAACCUCAAAGAUUCUCUUACUAAUUAUUACAGGCGGGAAAUUGAGGAGCGAGAUGAGAGGAUUGAGGAGCUGGAAGCUGCCUUGGAGGAGUAUAAGUCUCAGUCUGAUAAAAAAGGAAAGUCCUCUAAAUGCAAAGAGGACAGCGCUCCCCUCAGAAGGUCCAAGAGGUUGGCGACAAGUGAUGAACCUGACCUGGACAGGUUGAAACAAGAGCUGCUAAUUGCGAAAACAGAGCUACAGUCCAAAAACGAGGAACUGGAAAGAUAUAAGAAAAUGCAAGAACCUCCUGUGUCUACCAGGCCGUUUACAGUUGAUGUGGACAGGAAGAUUAUAGAGGGACAGAAGUGUAAUGUUGUGCGCUCAUCUCACACGUGCACAGAAUAUCAGCACACAAGAGCUCUUUGGAAUGUGAGGCUGUUGCGAGGGGAGCUGCAGAAGUUCGGCGAUUCUCUGCAGCAGGUAGACCGGGCGUGCUGCCACACAACCGGAUCCGAGAAACUCCGGCACGCUCUGAAUACCUGCGAUGAAAUUCUCUCCAAGCAGGAAAAGGCUCUGGCUGAACUGCAGAACAAUAUGGUUCUUGUAAAAAUGGACCUGCGAAAAAAGACAGCCUGCCUUGCAGAGCAAUAUCACACAGUCCAGAAACUACAAGGAACACCCUCCAGUGUUAAACGCGUCUGCAAUAAUGAGAAUAUCCAGCCCAACCAAAGCACAGAGAAGAGGCCUUUCCUUCGCCACUUUAUGGGCAGGACCCCAGCUCAAAAGGGACUAGCGGAGAACGGCCCUUAUAGCCGGGUCCUGCGUGCACGCAGAUCUCCUACGCUAAAGACUAUUGCGUUUGGCACCAAGUUUUAAGUAUCCAAAACCACUGAUCGCUUGGGUUUUUACCUCCUUUGAUCUAUCGCUGCACUGCGAUGUUGACAGUAUCUGCAAUUGUCUUUUAUAUUCUGCUUAUGGUUUUUAUACACGUUGGUCUGCUCCGGCAAACACUUGUGUACAGCUGCACGGUUUGUAAGACACUAUGUGAACACAAUCUAUAGUAGUGAAAUUUAAGUAUUGUAUACAAAAGCUCUAUAUAAUAGCAGAACCACUACGGCCUGUCCAAAGUAAAGGGGUUGCUUGGCUUUGCUUCGGUGGUUUAAACCACAAACACCUAAUUCAAAGAAAGUGUUUAGUGUGUUUAAUCUUAAAAUACCUCUAAAAACUACGAAUGCUCACUGGCUGUUGUUUUGGCAUUCCAAGUAUUCUUGCAGUUUUGUAAAUACUUUUUUCUUUUUUUAAUCUGUUGCCUACAUUUACAUGACUAUGCAUAUAUUUUUUCUUCAUCCGGCUUCUAAAAGGGAACGUGUAAAGACAGCUCCUUUUUUCUCUUUUAACAUUUUAAAGAUUGAGAGAUUUUGGAAGCGGUUCUAUGGUUAUUUACUCGUGUGCAAUAUUCCUUGUGUAUGGUUAUAAGCGUUUGUAAUAAAUCUUGUACA